GGCGGUGCCGUUACGCAGUUCCGCACAUGUGACUGGCUGUCAUGGCUGCUCCUAGCUGUAAACUGUGACUCCUCCCGGCUCUGUUCAGAAAGCUUUCUGUCCCUGCGGGGUUCUGUAAAUAUGAGGCAUUUCCUCGGACUGGGCCGUUCGCUCGGCCGCCUCCAGGUCCGUUCAUGUCACCAGAGCAUUUACAGCAGAAACUCCAACCCACGGAGAGUGGGAGUGGACCUUGGAGACAAGAAACUGGAAAUCUCUUCAGGGACGUUGGCCAGAUUUGCUGAUGGGUCUGCGGUGGUGCAGCUGGGAGACACCUCUGUGAUGGUGACCGCUGUGAGCAAAACCAAACCGUCGCCGUCUCAGUUCAUGCCGCUUGUUGUGGACUACAGACAGAAAGCAGCUGCUGCAGGUCGAAUCCCCACCAACUAUCUGAGGCGAGAGCUGGGGACCACAGACAAUGAGAUCCUCACCAGCAGGCUCAUCGAUCGCUCCAUCAGGCCGCUUUUCCCUCCUGGGUACUUUUAUGACACUCAGGUCCUUUGUAACCUGCUCGCGGUCGAUGGCGUCAAUGAUCCAGAUGUGCUGGCAAUUAAUGCAGCCUCUGCUGCUCUGGCUCUGUCUGACAUCCCUUGGCACGGACCCAUAGGUGCUGUGAGAGUGGGCCUGGUCGACGGAGAGUUACUGGUCAACCCGACAAGGGCAGAGAUGGCUUCCAGCAGCCUGAACCUCAUCCUGGCCGGAGCUCCCUGCAGCCAAGUGGUGAUGAUCGAGGCGUCCGCUGAGAACGUGCUGCAGCAGGACUUCUGCCACGCGGUGAAGGUGGCCGUCAAACACACCCAGCAGAUCAUACAGGCCAUCCAGCAGCUGGCGCGGGAGCAGAAGAUCACCAAGCGAACGCCGACCAAGAUGUUCUCGGUCCCCACGGAGAUGGUGGAUCACGUGCGGAGAUUAUCUUCUGAGAGGAUUUAUGCUGUUUUUACAGAUUACACUCAUGAUAAGAUUUCAAGAGAUGACGCCAUCAACAAAGUUCGACUAGAAACUGAGGAGGACCUAAAAGAGAAAUUCCCGCAGGCGGAGCCGUUUGAAGUGAUCGAAGCGUUCAACGCCGUGAGCAAAGAGAUCUUCAGGAGUUUAGUGCUGAACGAGUACAGGAGGUGUGAUGGGAGGGAACUGACGGCCUUAAGGAAGAUUUCCUGCGACAUCGACCUCUUUAAGCCGCUCCACGGCUCAGCUCUCUUUCAGAGAGGACAAACGCAGGUGCUGUGCAGUGUUACGUUUGACUCCCUGGAGUCCAGCAUCAAGACGGACAUCAUCACUACAGCCCUGAGUGGAAUCAAAGACAAAAACUUCAUGCUUCACUAUGAAUUCCCACCUUAUGCGACGAAUGAGACCGGAAAGAUGGGAGGGCUCAACAGGCGAGAGCUCGGACACGGAGCUCUGGCGGAGAAGGCCCUGCGGCCCGUCGUUCCUAAAGACUUCCCUUUCACCAUCAGGGUCACAGCUGAAGUCCUAGAGUCAAACGGGUCGUCCUCCAUGGCUUCAGCGUGUGGAGGCAGCCUCGCUCUUAUGGAUGCAGGCGUUCCCAUCUCCUCUGCAGUGGCGGGGGUCGCCAUCGGUCUCGUCUCCACGGCUAACCCCGAGAAACCAGCCGAGAUCGAGGACUACAGAUUACUGACCGACAUUCUGGGAAUAGAGGACUAUCUGGGAGACAUGGACUUCAAACUGGCAGGAACAAACAAGGGCAUCACUGCUUUACAGGCUGAUGUGAAGAUUCCAGGUUUACCUCUAAAGGUGGUCAUGGAGGCCAUCCAGCAGGCCACAGUGGCAAAGAGGGAAAUCCUGGGCAUUAUGAACAAAUGCAUAGCAAAACCCAGACAGAACAGAAAAGAGAACGGGCCUGUUGUUGAAAACGUGCGGGUACCUGUGUCCAGAAGAGCUCGCUUCGUUGGUCCAGGAGGAUAUAACCUUCGUAGGCUCCAAGCUCAGACAGGUGUCACAAUAAGUCAGGUGGACGAGGAGACGUUUUCGGUGUUCGCCCCAACACCAGGAGCGAUGAACGAAGCCCAGGAGUUCAUCAGAGAGAUCUGCAAAGAUGACCAAGAGCAGCAGCUGGAGUUUGGAGCUAUCUACACCGCCACAAUCACAGAGAUAAGGGACAUUGGUGUUAUGGUGAAACUUUAUCCCAACAUGUCUCCAGUCCUGCUGCACAAUUCCCAGUUGGACCACAAACGGAUUAAGCAUCCAAGUGCUUUGGGCUUAGAGGUGGGACAGGAGAUACAGGUGAAGUACUUUGGUCGGGAUCCAACGGAUGGAAGGAUGAGACUCUCUCGGAAGGUGCUGCAUUCUCCUGCUGCGACGGUAGUGAAGACGCUGAGUGAGAAGCAGAGCAUCUCCAUGGGGUCCGACAGCAUCCACAGAGACGCCAGUGACUCUUGACCUGGUGCCACGGCAGGCUGUUUAUGACAAAAAGCAAUUCAUGCUGGGACGGUUUUUAUAGAAAAGUGACUCGGAGAGAAGAGCAUCAGAUGUUUCUGUGAUCUGGAAAAAAGGAGCCGGGUCUUCUGAGUGUGAAGAUGGUGGAGGUUGUGUUUGAUGAAACAAGCAGCCUGGUGACAAUCGGCCUCAGAAUGAGAACGAACCGGGAGAGAGUUUCAGCUGUUUUCUAAAGGCUGGUGUCUUUCAAGUGAUCCUUCUAUGUGCUCUCUCACUGCAAGAAACUGUUCAGAGAUCUGUUCUCCUCAUUGCAGACCAACACCGCUUCCAUUACUCACACCACUUACUGUAACGGCUCUGCGUUUUCGGGAGCUUCAUAUUUAAUAUCCGCGUUUCUUAUUGGCUGUCUGGAUCAAAAUACGGACGCAACCAUGUGGCAGACGUAGCCGAGACAUUCGUCCUGUGUUGUGUUCAGAGUUUGUGAGUGAUCUGUAAAUAAAACAAUUACAGGUUCUUUUAUAGCAUGAUA